AUGUUGUCCGCCCACGCAGAUUUGCCGUCUCAUUACAGUGCCGUCCGUGAGAUUCUGACCGUGUGCCUUAAGAAUCAAAUCACCCUCGGCGCAGCCACAUUCAAGUUUGCAGCUAGUUUGGUGCCUUUCGCCGGUUAUGUAGUUGGCAGUGAUGACGUCGCAGCAGACCCGGAAAAGCUAUCAGCGAUUGCUGAUUUUCCACGGCCGGUUAACAUCACUCAGCUGCGAUCAUUUCUUGGUUUGGUCGGUCAGCUGUCUGACUUUUCCGACGAAAUCACCGCUGCCUCUGGUCCGUUGAGACCGCUCCUACGCAAAGGCAAUCAUUUCGUGUGGUUGGCUGACCAAGAAGAAGCUUAUGAGACCGUCAAACGCGCUUUGACAUCCCCUCCUGUCUUGGCAAACCUCGACCCAUCAGCCGAAACCGUUUUGCAGACGGAUGCAUAG